AUGAGAAAUAAUCAUAUUACAGAUAAUAAUUAGAGUGUAUAACAUUUAAUCAAUGAUCCUAAUUGUACUUUGAGAUUUAUAUUAAAAUAAUCCAUAGUAAAUACAUUAGGAUCUUCCAUAAUAAAUAUAAAAUUAAGAUCAACAUCCAACUAGAUUUAAAUAUAAUGUCAAAGUCAAAAAAGUUAUACCUAAACUAAAUAAUACCUAUAUUAAAGUGGAUUCCAUAAAAAUGGUAUAUAUAGAAUAUAAGAUUUCAGAUAUAAAAUUGAUGUUAGAAAUUAUUAAAUAGAAUUUGUUUUCGAAUGUUUAGAACCAAUGAUACUAAAAAUAUAUUUAUUAGCUGUUGAAAUAAUUAAUAAUGAAUUUAUAAUUUAAAAUGUAAAUGCCUUUUUAAUAAGAAACAUACCAUUUUAAACCUGCUACAGUAUAUAAAUUUGAUAAUUUUCAAAUUUGAUAUAUAAUCAAUCAAACUAUAAGAUUUAGAAUACAAAAAUUAAGAAAAAAGAUAAUAUCCUUUAAUAAUAGAAAUUUUAUUGAUCUAUAUUAAAAAUAUAGGAAAAAUUGGAAAAAUCAUUAUUUUAAUACUGUUUUUCAAAUUGAAUUAAAAUGAUAUAUAAUUAGAAACAUUAGAAAUUAAAAUAUAAAAGAAUGAUAAAGCAUAUACUGUUAGAGAUAUUUAUGGUGGAUAAAAAGAUUACAAUAAAAAUUAUGUUAUUUGUUUAAUUAAUAAAGUAAAUAAAUUAAUAUUACCAUGCAAACAUAUGAGUUUAUGUUAAACUUGUUGUUAAGGAUUGAAAGAGAGAAGUUAAAAAUGUUCAAUUUUUAGAACUAGAAUUACUAGUUUUAGAAUAAUAAUGAGAGGACAAUGA